CCCCGGGCGGCAUCCUGUGAGUCCGGGCGAUUUGGAUCCACCUGGCCUCUGCCCCGAGGGGCCCAGGCUUAGUGAGGGAGUCUUACAGGCAUGGAUUUAGAUGCUGUUACAAAGCAGUCAGCAUUACACGCCAAGCCUGAUGGACUCACUCUUCAAUAUGGGACUGCUGGAUUUCGAACGAAAGCAGAACAUCUUGAUCAUGUCAUGUUUCGAAUGGGAUUAUUAGCUGUCCUGAGGUCAAAACAGACCAAAUCUACUAUAGGAGUCAUGGUAACAGCAUCACACAAUCCUGAGGAAGACAAUGGUGUGAAAUUGGUUGAUCCUUUGGGUGAAAUGUUGGCCCCAUCCUGGGAGGAGCAUGCUACCUGUUUGGCAAACGCUGAGGAACAAGAGUUGCCGAGAGUGUUGCUGGACAUCAGCGAGAAAGCAGCUGUGAAUCUGCACCAAGACGCCUUCGUGGUGGUCGGUAGAGAUACCAGGCCCAGCAGUGAGAAACUUUCACAGUCUGUAAUAGACGGUGUGACUGUUUUAGGAGGUCAGUUCCAUGAUUAUGGCUUGUUGACGACGCCCCAACUGCACUACAUGGUGUACUGUCGAAACACCAGUGGCCGGUAUGGAAAGGCAACCAUCGAAGGUUACUACCAGAAACUCUCUACAGCCUUUGUGGAACUUACCAAACAGGCCUUCUGCAGUGGAGACGACCAAAGAACACUUAAGGUGGACUGUGCGAACGGCAUAGGGGCCCUGAAGCUGAGAGAAAUGAAACACUACUUCUCCCAGGGGCUGUCAGUCCAGCUGUUUAACGAUGGGACCGAAGGGAAGCUCAAUCAUUUGUGUGGGGCCGACUUUGUGAAGAGUCAUCAGAAGCCUCCACAGGGAAUUGAAAUGAAGUCCAAUGAAAGAUGCUGUUCCUUUGACGGAGAUGCAGACAGAAUAAUUUACUACUACCAUGAUGCAGAUGGUCAGUUCCAUCUUGUGGACGGAGACAAGAUAGCAGCACUCAUUAGCGGUUUCCUUAAGGAACCCCUGUUGGAGAUUGGAGACAGUUUGAGUCUUGGUGUCGUACAAACUGCAUAUGCCAAUGGAAGUUCAACACGGUACCUGGAAGAAGUUAUGAAGGUACCUGUCUGUUGUACUAAAACUGGUGUAAAGCAUCUGCAUCACAAGGCUCAGGAGUUUGACAUUGGGGUGUAUUUUGAAGCGAACGGGCAUGGCACAGUACUGUUUAGUAAAGCUGCUGAAAUGAAGAUAAAACAACUAGCAGAAGAAUUAGAAGAAGAUAAGAAAAGGAAAGCUGCUAAGAUGCUUGAAAAUGUGAUUGACUUGUUUAACCAGGCAACUGGUGAUGCUAUUUCUGACAUGCUGGUGAUUGAGGCAAUCUUGGCUCUGAAGGGCUUGACCGUACAGCAGUGGGACGCCCUCUAUACAGAUCUUCCAAACAGACAGCUCAAAGUUAAGGUUGCAGACAGGCAAGUUAUUAGCACCACAGAUGCCGAAAGACAAGCAGUUAAACCUCCAGGACUCCAGGAGGCCAUCAAUGAGCUGGUGAAGAAGUACAGGCUUUCUCGAGCUUUUGUCCGGCCCUCCGGUACAGAAGACAUAGUCCGAGUCUAUGCAGAAGCGGACUCGCAGGAAAAUGCGGACAGCCUUGCAUAUGAAGUGAGCUUGGCAGUAUUUCAGCUGGCUGGAGGGAUUGGAGAAAGACCUCAACCAGCAGAGUCUCCAGAACAGUUCUUAGAUGACUCACCUCUCUUCAGUUAACAUCACCGGGAAUUCAGAGUUGUGACUGUGGAGGCUGUACACACCUCUACUCCGUACCGAGGUUGAGAUGCUCGUGCUACACUUACAAGGAUGAUGUGUGGCCCAGGCUUCAAUUAUUCUUUACUCCUCUUAGUGAAGGUAUGUGGGAGAAACGAGUUGUAAUACAUUACCAAGCCUCUGACAGAGAAGUGACAGCUUUCUGAUACUAGAAUGUGCGUUAAUAAGGGACAGGAAAGAAAUCCCCAACCAACCAAUCUAAAUUAAAGCUUGAAACCAAUAGAAAAAAAUGUGCAGUGUGUAUUUGGCAGGUUUAAGAUAACUCAGGACAGUAAAACAAUGGACCAUAAUGGACUAUUUAUGUAUAUAUAGAUCUCUCUUAGGCACCAUAAUCAAUAUGCGCCCAUAAUAUUUAAGCUUGAUUCAGGCCACAGUCAGACAUUCGUUCUUAUUUACAAAUAU